GCUGACGUGCCGCGGGUCACCUGACUCAGCUGCGGGCUGAGGAGACACAAGGGAAGUGGCCGUCGCGGGAGCUUGAGCCUCCGAUCCCGGACCCCCGCGCCAUGCCGUCCGAGAAGACCUUCAAGCAGCGCCGCAGCUUCGAACAAAGAGUGGAAGAUGUUCGGCUCAUCCGGGAGCAGCACCCCACCAAGAUCCCGGUGAUAAUAGAGCGAUAUAAGGGUGAGAAGCAACUGCCCGUCCUGGACAAAACCAAGUUCCUUGUACCCGAUCACGUGAACAUGAGCGAGCUCAUCAAGAUAAUUAGAAGGCGCUUACAGCUCAAUGCCAAUCAAGCUUUCUUCCUCCUGGUGAAUGGGCACAGCAUGGUGAGCGUGUCCACGCCCAUCUCUGAAGUGUAUGAGAGCGAGAAAGAUGAAGACGGCUUUCUGUACAUGGUGUAUGCCUCCCAGGAGACAUUUGGAACAGCACUGGCUGUGUAAGACCAGAACUAUGCCUAAUGUUUGUUAAGCCCUUACCAAGGAAAAAAGGGACGUUACCAGCGGAUGCUGGUCCGCUCACCACUCACAGAUCAGAACGUAGGCGCCCACCUAGGGUGUUAGGAACCGUUUGUCAGCCAGAAACUGAGCUCCAUGCAAGCGCAUUCAGCUUGGAAACUCACCUAAACUAGGCUCUCUUGUGUUCAAACUUUAGAAGUUUAAAAAUAAAAUACUUUGCAUCCUAAGUUGCCAAUAAAACAGACCAAAUUAUUUUGACACUUUUCUCCUCAGUAGGAAUUUAAAAUGGAACAACAGCAUCAGGGGCAGUCUUCUGGGAGCUGCCUUCUCUCAAAGGGCUUUCACUCAGCAGUCUGCCUAAGCAGUCCCUUGGCCCAGGCUGUCUAGCGGAGGCCCCCAGCUGCACCAUCACGCUCACCCUCAGCAGUACAGGGAAGCUUCCUCGCUGCUGUCUAGACGCUACCACAGACACUCAAGCACUGCUCAGAGGCCAGCUCCAGCCUUGAACAAGGGGUCGCUUGUCUAGCUUCCUAAGAGGUUGCAAAGUGUUUUUCUUUUGGUUUGGUUUUGUCUGGCCCAUACCUGCUUCAGGGAAGGGAGCAAGCAGGUGUGCAGUGUUGGCAUUAGGAUGCAGCUGUCGAAUGGUAGCCGCCUGGACUCUGAAGUUCGAAUGCACUCCAUCUGCCCUUGGCUUACAGCUAUGAUUUGUUAGUGUGUAACUGUCUCUGUAAGGUAGUUCUCUCAGACAGCUGUUGAGAUUCUCCCACUUCAUGUCAGUUCACCAGAUGUCAGCCGUGACAGCAGCAGGAGAUACGUGCUCUUGACAGAUACCCAUGGCCAGUUCCAACUAAAGGAAACCGUUGCUUCCGGCUCCCUGCAUGUGGUCCACUGUGACACUCAGACCACCCUUGGUCACUCACGUUGUGAUCUGAGAAUCUCAGUGAGAACUGCCUGCUGUCAUGGAGGGAAGCCAACAUAGCCACCUCCUACCCUAGCUCCUUACAGUCAGCCUCCCCCGCUCCCUGCAUGCAGCUGUCCACUUGCUAACUUUCAAUGUUAUUUUAUUUACAUCAUGUAUAUUCUGACUACCUGUCUUGUGUAGGUUGUGUACGUCAUUAUGUCCCUGGUUUUUAUAACUACGGUGCGAUCAAUAAGGAUUCCUGUAAUACUGCUUUAAAAAUGCUGCUCAGAGGGGCGGCCUUCAUUUAUAGGACACCUGUACACUUCAAUGCGCUAAGUGAAUAAAGGCACAACUGAACCUGUC